AUGGUUUACUUAUUAAGAAAGCGAUUAAAUCAAAAUGAAAUUUUUUCAUGGUCAUUACAAUUUAAAUCUGGACAAGAAUUAUUAUAUCAACUUCAUCGAAUUAACAUUCAAUGUCCAUCAACAACAUUUGAUCAAUAUGCACCAAUUAUUUGUCAAUUACAAUUUGAAGAUCCAUUAACUAUUGAUUUACCACACAAUUCAAAUUCAUCAUUUGAAUAUAUUAUAGAUGAAAAAUUAAAAUCAUUAUGA